AGAGAGAAAAACAGUGUGAGCUCUUGCACAUGUGGAGCUCUGUGUGCUUCUGUGAACACGCUGUAAAACGGGGAAAGAAGAACGUGGAGAAUAGUUUGAACAACUGGAGGCGCACCUGUCCGCGGCUGUUAGAUCUGAGAAACACACACACGCACACAAAGGCAGUUUUUUUUCGUUAGCACUGGGGCGGGAACAAGGAAGAGAAAGUGAAACUCAACAGCAGGGACAAGGAGGAAGUAUGAUGAGGCUAAAAUGACCAAGAUCCAAUAGAAGAAACCUUGAGAACUUGUCAUUGACGCUUGUCCAACAUUCACAUCCUUAAUUCCCCGUUGUUGGGACAUGACUGAGAGAUAUCAACACUAGCCACCAACCUUUCACGCGGGUUGGCAUUUUUUUUUUUUUUUUUUUAUAUCAGUGGUUCAAGGGCAUUUCUUCUGCGAUGGUCUCGGUGAGGCUGUUAGUGCUGUCCCUUUUCAGUGUGUCUCUGGCUGGCUCUCAGGCCAACCAGAGCUCACAACAGACGUCAACCGCUCCUCAACCUGCAGGAGAACAGUCUCCUUCGGGUAAUCUGUCCUUCCCAUGGAGCCGUCUGCGCCUGCCAAGGUACAUCAUUCCUGUUCAGUACCGCCUCCUUCUGCACCCCAACCUCACAAAUCUCAGUUUCACUGGAUCGGUGCAGAUCCAGAUCGAUGUCCAGAACAACACAAACUGGGUUGUAUUGCACAGCAAGGGUCUACAGAUCUCCAAGGCCACCAUUUUAGACCAGAAAUUUGCUCAUUUGUCCGAUCAGGUUCUUCCAGUUCUUCACAACCCUUCCCAUGAGCAGAUAGGCAUAUUCUCUCCCAGGGUGCUCAGCAGCGGACAGAAGUAUUUCCUCUACAUUGAGUUUGAGGCAGGGCUUGCAGAUGGUUUCUAUGGCUUUUACAAGAGCACGUACAAGACCAGUACAGGAGAGACCAGAACCUUGGCUUCUACUCACUUUGAGCCCACGAGUGCUCGGAUGGCCUUCCCUUGUUUCGAUGAACCAAGCUUCAAAGCUAACUUUUCCUUACGGAUCAGGAGGAGUCCAGAGCAUAUUUCUCUGUCCAACAUGCCUGUGGUCAAGACGGUGGAAUUAAGCGAUGGCUUGCUUGAGGAUUGGUUUGCUCCAAGUGUGAAGAUGAGCACGUACCUUGUAGCGUUUGUCAUCUGUGACUUCAAAUCUGUCACUUCAACAACAUCUUCUGGGGUGCAGGUGUCCAUUUAUGCUGCACCUGAGAAGUGGCAGCAAACCCACUACGCCCUGGAAGUCGCUGUCAAAAUGCUGGACUUCUAUGAGGAGUAUUUCAACAUCCGCUAUCCUUUACCCAAACAGGAUCUCGUAGCCAUUCCAGACUUUCAGUACGGCGCGAUGGAGAACUGGGGUCUGACCACCUACAGAGAGACCAGCCUUCUUUUUGACCCCCUCACAUCCUCUGUUUCUGACAAACUCUGGGUUACUAUGGUGAUUGGCCAUGAGCUUGCUCAUCAGUGGUUCGGUAACUUGGUGACCAUGGAGUGGUGGAACGAUAUCUGGCUGAAUGAAGGGUUCGCCAGAUACAUGGAGUACAUAUCAGUAGACGCCACCUACCCAGACCUCAAAGUGGAUGAAUAUCUACUCCACACCUGUUUUGCAGCAGUUGGCUACGAUUCACUGAACUCCUCCCGGCCAAUAUCCAGCCCAGCGGAGAACCCCACUCAGAUCGAGGAGAUGUUCGACACAGUCUCUUAUGACAAAGGUGCCUGUGUCUUGCACAUGCUGCGACACUUUUUGACAGAUGAGGUGUUUCAGAGCGGGAUAGUGCGAUACCUCCGCAAGUACAGCUACAGGAAUGCCUACAACCAGGACCUGUGGGACAGUCUAGCCAACACAUGCUCAGAGGAGGACUUCAGCUCAGGAAAACACUGUUACAGCAGUGGCCAGGCCGCCAAAAAUGCAUACUUGUUUGCAGGGGAACAUCUGAACCUGACAGCCAUGAUGAACACUUGGACUCUGCAGAAAGGCAUACCGGUGGUAACUGUGACAAGGAAGGGGCCUCGUCUACUUAUUAGGCAGGACAGAUUCCUGAGGACGGUGAUGCCUUCAGACCCUCUGUGGCCCAAACUGCAAGAGGGUUUCCUUUGGCAUAUUCCUCUCACAUACAAGACUGACGCCUCCAGCACCAUCCACAGACACUUAAUGACAUCGGCCACAGACAGUAUACCCAUAGGAGAGGACGUGAACUGGGUGAAAGUAAACACUGACAUGACAGGCUAUUAUGUGGUUCAUUACGAGGACGGUGGUUGGGAUGUGAUGACUAAACUGCUGGGGGAAAACCACACUGCUCUGAGCUACAAAGACAGGACUCACUUGAUACACAACGCCUUUCAAUUAGUCACGGCAGGUCAUCUGCCGCUCAAUAAAGCCUUAGACCUGAUUGGUUAUCUGCAGCAGGAGACUCACACUGUGCCUCUCCUCCAAGGACUGGGCUAUCUGGAAGUCUUUUACCAUUUGAUUGAGAAAAGGGAUGAAGUUGAUUUAACACGCAAUCUGGGGAUGUACAUCCUGCAGUUUUUCCGUGCUGUCAUUGACCAGCAGACAUGGACCGACACUGGCACUGUGUCAGAGCGACGGCUGAGGUCAGAGGUCCUGUCUCUGGCUUGUCACCUGGAGGACCCUCCCUGUCUGGAGCGUGCGCGUCAGCUCUUCAAAGAAUGGCUUCAGUCCAACGGAACGAUUAAUCUGCCAACUGAUGUGGUAGAGACAGUGUAUUCAGUUGGAGCUCAGGAUGACCAUGGCUGGACGUCAUUGUUAGACAAAUACAAGACUUCCCUCUCUGAAGCACAGAAGCAUAAAAUCUUGUUUGCUUUGACCAGCAGCAAAGACAAAGACAAACUGCAAAGGCUGCUGACCCUUGGUCUGGAGGGGAAGGUGAUUCGAUCGCAGGACCUGUCCAGCCUCAUCAUAAUGGUGGCCAGAAAUCCACAGGGAUAUUACCUUGCAUGGAACUUUGUGAAGACGAACUGGGACACACUGGUUCAAAAGUUCCAGCUGGGCUCAUUUUGCAUUAGAAAUAUCAUCAUUGGCACCACAGGCCAGUUUUCAUCUCCAGAGGAACUCACUGAAGUGCAGUUAUUCUUUGAGUCCAUCAAGGAACAGUCUUCACAGCUGAGAGUUACUCAGAUGGCCCUUGACAAUGUGCAGAAAAAUGUUCGCUGGAUCCAGAGGAACCUAGAGACUCUUAGAAAGUGGGUAAAUGAGCAGAAAUAGUGAAAGACAGAAGAAAGAGUGUUUAGAUGUUUUUUUUUUCUCUUUUGAAUUUCUCUGUGUUCUCAUUUUGAGUUUUUAAUGAGUGACAUCACUGAUUGACAGUUUUGUAUAUGAAAAUUUGUAAGGGGAUCUAUUUGUUAGAGCAAAGCACUGAUUUGGUAGAACUGGCAGCUGAGUGGUAGUAGCAUGUGUGAGGAGUUGUGCGUGCACCGUGAAUAUGUCGUUCUCUUUAUGUGUGUGUGUGAGAAACAGAGGGAUCCAUUCCAAACUGACACACAAACCCCCGUGUAAAUGGACUCUUCACCAAAAACACAAUAAAAGGGUUCAUUGUA